AUGGAAGGUGACAAGGAGAACAAAACGCAGAAGCCUGCACCCAAGCGGUCCCUAACUCCUAACCGCGCCCUGUUCGACUCAUACGACGAGGCACACCGCACGAUCGCUCGGUAUCCGGUUUUCCUCGAAGAUGUCCUUGAUGAAGAAUUCAUGUUUUCGUCGCUUCUUUACGAAAGGACAAUGAACAGUCCCCACGGGGUUCUUGAGGAGAAGACCCAGCCUCAAACCACACCCGCCAAGGAAAGCAUGGCUUCGGGCAAGGAGAAUUUCCCGCAAGCCACAAAGACAGAGGAAGGACCAUCACCUCAUUACGAUGACAUCAAAAAGAGAAAUGCUGCACAAUCGGGGUUUGAGGUUACACCUCUUUCUGGUCGUGGGAGUAUGCAGCCUCUGGGUGAUGCCUGCGCUCCUUCCCCCGUUCUACCCCCUCUGCCACCGCGCCGUGAGGGCAAAGACAAAUGCCAGACUUUCAGUCAGGUUGCCGAAAGAGCUGAUGAUCAAGAUGAUAAACUCCACUCUCUGGCCAAGGGCAGGAAGAGAGAUUUCAGCACUGGAGGAAACAGUGAUCCUGGCGAUCCCUUUGGAGGCUUCAAGACCAACUCUGACCACUCGAUCUCCGACAUUUACGAUGGGUUUGAAACAGACAGAAAGUACAGCUUCCUCUGCAGCCCUGCGGAGAAAGAGGUCUCGUCUGCUCUUCGUGAGGUCAUUGGAAUCAGUCAGCCCUCGUCUGGCCAGCUUCUCCGAUUCCGAGAUGAUCGCACUCCAUCAACGCCUGCCUUUGAUACCGCAAAGUUUGCCAGCAGACUGCGAGAGGAAAAGCAAAAACAAGCGGAGCGCAACAAGCAAGGUGGAGGUUUUUACAACAGCUCUGCAAUUGACUCGGCCUGGCACAUGUCGGACACUGAGAUCAAGAUACCCACGUCGCCGUUUCCCAUUCACUCCAGCGACCUUGGUACUCCUGAGCCUAGGGAGCCCUGGAGCCAUAUUGACCUGAGAGAUGGCGGCAACGAUUCACCAUGGACUGCGAUGCCUGCUACCUCAAGCGUAGCAGGUCACGCCCAAGAUUGGGUCACAGUCUCAGAGGAGCAACAAGACGACCCCCUGCGCACCCCUGCUGUCUCUAUGGGCAGGGUGCUCACUGGAAGUAGCGUCGCCAACUACUCAGAUCAUGUCCUUAUUGCCAACAGGCCUGAAAGUAUUCCCAUACAUGACCCCAGAGCCAUUAACCACAACCUCAUGCCUUGGUGGGACAAGCUGCCAAGCGCAGGGGUACCAUCUCAGGCAUCCCGCACAGGGCCACCAACACAGCGUGAUGACUCUUGCCAAUCCGGACUCUUCCCAUUCAACCCUCGCGGUGGUGUCCAGGGAGCUUUGAGCAAACUCUCCAGCACCGGGCGACAGUCAAAGUACGAGCGCUUUGAUGACCAACAAGGGCUUGAGAUGCAGCCGCUGCCAACGGAGAAACGUCAAACUUCACGCAACCCCUUUCGCCGCGGGCAGCCCCGCCCCGUGACGUCGUCAACUCAGACGGCGGCUGACGACAACUCGCAGGCUCCACUGUUCGCAGCUCGGCCGCUGAGCAACUACGAGCACCUCCAUUUCCCUCUGGUGGCCCUGCAGGAUGCGCAACGCAUCCAAGGAUACCGCCGUGCGAGCGGCCUCGAGGACCAGACCACGUCUGGCAGGUCCGUCAGGUACCAGCCCAUGGUGGCUCGCGGCUCGCAGCGCACGCUUCUCCUGACGCCUCCUCCCCGCACCUAUGCGAGGACCUCGUCUCUCUACAGCACUGACCUGCCGAGCCCAAGUCUGCACGGCGGUGAGACAGCACGCUCUUCCUGUACGUUGAGUCCUCGCAGUCGUUGUCGUGCCUUCCCUAUUAACAGCUUUCCAGACUAUGGCAACCCCUUGCGCCAGAACCCAACCAUGGUCUCUGGCAUGAUUUCAGGCAGCGCAUACGAGCGCAGGCCUGGAAAUCCAGCUGCAGAUCGCCUCUCCCGUCGCAGCGCACACCUAACCGGCGGCCUGCGCCCGCGGCCUCAUCUCACGACGCGCAGCAUGACCCGUCGGUACCAGGAGGGGACCGAUCCAGAGCUGGGCCGUCUGGCAGGCAGCGAGAGCAGCUACCGGCGCCACAGGUCGCUGCCCCUCUCGCCCGAGGCCCAGAAGCGGCAAACGUUCUUCUUCCUGCUGACGGUCAUCAUCGACGUGCCCCUGCCGUUCUGGGGCCUGGCCGUGCUGUACGGCAAGAUGGACUCGGCCGUGUCGUGGUGCACAAAGGGGGAGGCGUACGGUCUCACGGAGCGGCACAGGGGCUAG